AUGCCUCAGGGUGAUCUGUUCAAUUUGAAACCUACAGAUGACUUUUGCAUAAUAAAACAAAAUAAAAUAAACUCCAAUCAGUAUGUCAUAUUAGGUUUAAGUUAUGAAUCCGAUGGUGGCAUCAAAUAUAGUGAUGGAAGGUGUGAUGAAGAAGAAAAUAAACUAAAUUUUAAUUUACUAUUCCAGAGGUUGGGUAUCCCUAAUUGGUUUCCAUCAUCAAGUAAAAUAAUUAGUAAAUCAGAAUUACCGUUAUUGUUAGAUAUUUAUUCAAUGAUUAAUUUUACUUAUAGAUAUAAAUUUUCUCCUAUACCAAGAUCAAUUGAUGGGCCAUCCCCAAUAAAUUUUCAAUCCAUGUUUAGAGAAAAUCCGUUAAAUAUAAUAGAAAAUAUGCUAAUAAACCCAGAUUGUUUUAAUUCGGAUAUUGGAUGGGGAUGUAUGAUACGUACAGGACAAACUCUUUUAGCUAAUACUAUACAGAGAAUUAAAUAUGGCAGAAACUUUACAUUAUCGAUUAAUGAUGAUGAUAGGAACAGUGACAGCGAAAAUGACAAAUCUAUUAUUAAAUUAUUCCAAGAUAAACCUGAAGCACCAUUUUCGUUACAUAACUUUGUUCAAGCCGGAAAAGAACUUUCUAAUAUGAAACCAGGGCAAUGGUUUGGUCCAUCCGCUACUGCUAGAAGUAUACAAAAAUUAAUAUAUGAUUUUCCACAGUGUGGUAUUAAUAAAUGUAUAGUGUCCGUCUCUUCAGGAGAUAUUUCAAAGGAAGAAAUAGAUUCUAUAUACGAAAUGAAUGAAGAUAGUAAGAUUUUAAUUUUGGCAGGGAUUAAAUUGGGUAUCCAUUCAGUUAAUAAGUAUUAUUGGGAGGAUAUAUUAAAUUUGUUGUCUACAAAGUUUAGUGUUGGUAUAGCUGGUGGUAGGCCAUCCUCAUCACUUUAUUUUUUCGGUUAUGAAAGAAGUUGUGAAAAAGAAUACAAAGAUAGUCAAUUACUCUAUUUUGAUCCUCAUAGGUCUCAACCAAGUUUAAAUGACGAAAAUGGUGUUGGUGACAUUGAUUAUAAAACUUGUCAUAGUAUCUAUUAUGGGAAAUUAAAAUUGAAGGAUAUGGAUCCAUCAAUGCUUAUAGGGAUAUUAUUAGAAAAUUUGACAGAUUGGAUUAAUUGGCAAAACGUUGCUAACAAUUGUAAGAUAUUUAAUAUAAUAUCGAGUACAAUGAAUGAUGUUACUUGGAAUGACGAUGAAAAUAUUGAUAUUGAGAGCUUACAGAGUGAUGGAACAGCUAUAGAUAAUGAGCAAAUGGAUAUUUGGUAUAAUAAUAAUGAUAAUAUUAGUAAUGAUAAUAUUGCAAACAAAAAUAAAAAUAUUGACAUUCAAUUUGAAGAUACUUUAGAAAGAAAUCAUACCAUAAUGUUGAAAGAGAAACAUGAUGAAAAUAUGGAUAGUAAUAUUCUAAGGCAAAACAAUACACUUAGCAGUAUCACAAUGGACUAUGUAGAUGUUGGUUCUUUAUCAUAUCAUACAUCAAAAACUCUAAAUGAAGCGUUUGAAAAUAUCCAGUGCAAGAAACAAAAAAUUAUGAUUUUUGACCAAGAUAAAUCCUUUGAUAGAAUAAAGGAUGGGGAUAUUGAAGUUGAAAAGGUUUUAGUAGAGUCUGACUCAAUAGAGCCAACCACUAUAUUGUAA